GUAUAAAACCACCCAUUCGGCUGCAGCUCUCCUCUCCAGACCUGGCAUUUGCCUGAGGCGACCACAGCACCUACAGCCGUCCCCAGCUUCCCAGGGAGAUUCUGGGGCUCUGCUGGGAGCCAUGUUCAGGAGGCAGAUCGUCUGGUGGCACCUGUUGGCUUUGCUCUUCCUCCCAUUUUGCCUGUGUCAAGAUGAAUACAUGGAGGUGAGCAGAAGAGCUAACAAAGCGGUGGCCAGGAUAGUGCAGAGCCACCAGCAGACUGGCCGUAGCGGUUCCAGGAGGGAGAGAGUGAGAGAGCGGAGCCAUCCUAAAACUGGGACUGUGGAUAAUAACACUUCUACAGACCUAAAACCCCUGAGACCAGAUGAGCUUCCGCACCCUGAGGUAGAGGACCUAGCCCAGAUCAACCCAUUCUGGGGCCAGUCUCCACAAACUGGAGGAUUGCCCCCAGACUGCAGCAAGUGUUGUCAUGGAGAUUAUGGAUUCCGUGGUUACCAAGGGCCCCCUGGACCUCCAGGCCCUCCAGGCAUUCCAGGAAACCAUGGAAACAAUGGAAAUAAUGGCGCCACUGGCCAUGAAGGGGCCAAAGGUGAGAAAGGAGACAAAGGAGACCUGGGACCCCGAGGGGAGCGGGGGCAGCAUGGCCCCAAAGGAGAAAAGGGCUACCCAGGGGUGCCACCAGAACUGCAGAUUGCAUUCAUGGCUUCUCUAGCAACGCACUUCAGCAAUCAGAACAGCGGCAUCAUUUUCAGCAGUGUUGAGACCAACAUUGGAAACUUCUUUGAUGUCAUGACUGGUAGAUUUGGGGCUCCUGUAUCAGGUGUGUAUUUCUUCACCUUCAGCAUGAUGAAGCAUGAGGACGUGGAGGAGGUGUAUGUGUACCUUAUGCACAAUGGCAACACAGUCUUCAGCAUGUACAGCUAUGAAACAAAGGGGAAAUCAGAUACAUCCAGCAACCAUGCAGUGCUCAAAUUGGCCAAAGGGGAUGAAGUCUGGCUGAGAAUGGGCAAUGGUGCCCUCCAUGGGGACCACCAGCGCUUCUCCACCUUCGCAGGCUUCCUGCUCUUUGAAACUAAGUGACAGGAAGGAUAGGAUAGCUCCACUUUGGGGGGAGACUUGUAGCUGAGCUAGGAUUGUUAUGAUUUGAGUGAUGUUGAGUUGGGGGUUCUAUAUGGAGUAUCUAACUGUUAUACUGGGCACACUGCUACUUGUCCUACUGGUAUACCAAUAAUGUUGGAUGAAUCAGAAGCUCAGAAGAAUAGACCACAAGGUAACAUUUCCAGAUGACCUUGGGAAAUACUCAGCAUUUUUGUCACUCUUCCCUACAUGUUUGAAGGAACUGUCACCUGAUGCAGGUUGGAAAUAAUUGUUCACCUCAAAAACAGCAUAUGCAAAGAGUUUUGGUGCUCUGUUUAAAUGUAGUAUCAGCUUUGGAGUCAACCAAGUUCUAGUUCAUUGUUCUUCACAAUAUUUCAGAGAACAGCCUGAUUAUGGCCGGGCUAGGGCAAGAAUAAGGACACUUUUCAGAACGUAUCUAGAGAAACACUUGUGAAGUCUAGGUUUGGAAAUAGCAUUUGGUUUAGUGGGUUUGUGUUUUUAUAUUCAUGAAUAAAUUAUAAGAAAGUGUUAAUCAUUUCAGAUAACUUUUAAAUAGUAAAAUUAUUUGCAAUGCCCACAAAUAAUUUUUGGCUCCUCUUUAAAAACAUAAGCAAACAUGUAAAUUAAUAUUGAGUUCUAGCAGCUUAGAUUUUCAGAUUUAAAUUUCCUCAUAAUCCAGAACUGGGUUUAUCAUAUCGGGCUUGCCAGAUCUUCCUUUUGCUACUGCAUCUCUUGGACUGUAGUAGGGCUCUCUUGACUCUGCACAACCACCUGAGGUAAGCUUAAGAUGAUAUAGUACAGAUGUUAUCCUAUUUUUUAAAUUUGAGAACUAUCCCCAAAUGUUUGUUUUAUAUAUACCAUGUUAUGCUGAAGGACUUGUGAUCAUAAUUAUAUAUAGGUAGACCAAUGGAUGCAAAAUAUAAAUGUAUUCCAUUCAAGAGACACAUAAUAACACAUUAUAAAUGUUUGUAAUGAAAGUGAUAUUUCCUUUAUUACCAUACUUGACUAACAUUCACAAAGCAGUUUUAAUAUGCCACAGUGUUAUAGAAGGUCCUAGUUGGUUUUUGCCUAGCUAUCCCCACUCUGUAAUUUAUAAAAAAGGAUUAAAUUUGUCGUCAAAACACCUUCAUAGAAUGUGCCGUAAGUUAGUACUCACAGAAAGUACCACAUAUACAUAAAUAUACAUACAUGUGUGUGUAUUAUGAAUUGUCUAGGCUCAAGCCUAGGCCUUACACAUGCUAGGUAUGUGCUCUUCUACUGAGCUACAUCCCCAGUACCCAAGCUUGUUUCAUUGUAGAAAGUAUCAUUGCAGUGUGUUUACCCUAGUGCCAAAUCGUAUUUAAAAUGCACCAGUGAGAUUCGUAUCUGAAAAAAAUUAUAUAAUCAAUUCUCUUUAAAGCAAUGAGUCCUUAAUUUAUUUUAUACAGCAAUUUAAACAUACACAUAGACAUUUAAACCACCUGAUUUCCUUCAAGUUAUCACCCUAUAGCUAGAGGCAAUGAAAGUCAAGGAGGGCUGUCCUAUUGGCUAAUUCAUCGUCUUCCACAUUCAGUCCAACCUUGACCCUAUACUUUUCACCCACAAACUUGUUUAAACUCUUCCUAAGUUUGCAUCUAGUACUCUUUUAAAGUGGAUAGUUACGCGGGGCGGUGGUGGCGCAUGCCUUUGAUCCCAGCACUUGGGAGGCAAAGGCAGGAGGAUCUUUGUGAGUUCAAGAUCAGCCUGGUCUACAAGAGCUAGUUCCAGGAGAGCCUACAAAGCCACAGAGAAACCCAGUCUCAAAAACUAAAACAAAAACAGAUAAUUAUUUGCCAUUAUCAGAAAAUAUUUUCGUGAUUUAGUGUGUACUUUUAUGUCCAGAGCUGUGGGGUCACAGGGUUAAGAGUUACUGUGAUCAAAUGCCACAAACAUUUCACAGAAGUGCCAAAGAUAUUGGACUGUUACAUAAUGACCAAAGAAAUGUCUUAUCUGAAGAUUAUCUACUACCUACUAAGUGUCUUGGAGGAAAAUUCUGGCAUAACUUUAGAUGAAAUUGUAGCAAAAAAUACAUAAGCAUUAGAUGAAACUGUAGCAAAAAUACAUAAGCAUAUGUGGAAAUAAACACACUUUUUUGAUGA